CCCAGGGCACCACCAGCCCACGGGUGGUGGGGCCACAGUCACCUUCAGGGGUUGCAGAAAGGCCCCUGGGACUUUUGGCAGCAGAGAACAGGGCGCUGGAUUUUCCCAGAAAAACAUUGAGCCUGGGAAGGGGGUGGCACUGGGAUCUCAAGGUAUUUUGUCUUUUAACUGCUCUGAUAUUUUUUUCCCCCAAGGCUGCCACGGCCUCCCGCAUCCCACCCACGCGGCUGGCCCUGCACCACUUCGACAUGAACUACAGCCUGCAGCUGAAGGAGCUGUGGCCCUCUGUCCGCGCCGGCCUGCUCUGCGAGAGGAAGUACGGUGCCCUCCUCAACAACUUCUGUCCUCUCGACCACAUCACCCAAGAGCUGGAACUGCUGAAUGCCACCGAUUUUGUUUCUGAAGCCUGCAAAAAGGCGCAGCGAUCGCAGGGGAGUGCAGCGGAGGAGGAGACGGGGACAGGGGAAGAAAGCAGGUCCCAGGAGAGGUUUGGUGAGGGCAGGAUAGUGAUGCAGGCAGAGAUGAUGACACAGGCAGAGAUGUCACCACCACGUCAUGCCUCCAUCAGCUCCAAGAUCAAGUGUUACACCUUCCCCAGGGGUGACAUCACACGCUUUCGCCCUGCACGGCCAGACAUUCUGGGGCUCCUCAACUAUUAUCUCAUGGACGCAGCAUCUCUUCUGCCAGUCCUGGCGCUCAAUGUGCAGCCAGAUGACUUUGUCCUUGACCUCUGUGCGGCUCCAGGUGGCAAGACUCUGGCUCUGCUGCAGACUGGGGCUUGUGGGCAUCUGGCAGCCAAUGACGUCUCCAUUUGCCGGACGAAGAGGCUGCACCAGAUUCUCUAUAACUACGUUCCCACAGAAAUAAGGAAAGCGGUGAGUGUCACAUCCUGCGACGGAAGGGACUGGGAACAGCUGGGAGGUGGCACUUUCCAUAAGGUCCUGGUGGAUGUGCCCUGCACGACAGACAGGCACUCUGUCAUGGAGGAGGAGAACAACAUCUUCCACAAGAGACGAACCAAAGAGCGUCAGAUGUUGCCCAUGCUGCAGCUGCAGCUGCUGAUGGCUGGGAUCCUCGCUACCAAGCCGGGAGGAAAGGUUGUCUAUUCCACGUGCUCCCUCUCCCCGCUGCAGAAUGAGCACGUGAUUGAGAGAGCAGUAGAAAUUGCAGAAACCCAGUUUAACAUCAGUAUCCACGUUGAGGACUUGAGCCACUUUCGGACGCUCUUCCAGGACACGUUUUCCUUCUUCUCGGAUUGCCGGCUGGGGGAGCUUGUUCUGCCUCACCUCACAGCCAACUUUGGACCUAUGUAUUUCUGCAAAUUAUGUCGGGUGUAGAAGGGAUAACAGACUAUGCUUGUUGUCAGGAGAUAUCCCAAAGUUCCAGGGAAAGCAGAACUGCUUUAUAUUUAUUUUUCCUUCUAAACUGUCCCGAAGGAAGUCUGCAUUUUUACUGCAGACAUAGAUAAUAAAUGAGAAAAACCUGC